GAAAAUAUUCGAGUUGGCGCUUCUGCACGGAAUCCAAAGGGGCGCUCCGAAUUCAACGGCCGGUCAAAGCUCCGAGCGAGGCAGACGUGCUCUUAGAGGUGUUUCCAAGUGGCUGAACUAUGGAGACAAUGCAAGAGCUGAUCCCAUUUGCGAAAGAGAUGCUGAGCCAGAAGCCCAAUGGGAAAAUGGUCAAGCUGUACAUGCUGGGCAGCAUGCUGGCCUUCUUUGGGGUGGUUAUUGGCUUGGUAGAGACUGUCUGCAGUCCUUUCACCUCUGAAGGGAAGCUGGAGGAAGAGGAGGAGGAAGAGGAGGAUGAGAAAAAGAAAAGGCCUGCUCUGCCACUGACAAAAAGAGAGGAGAAGGUGGAGGUUGUGGCUCAGAAACAGGAGGACAUGAUCCAGGAAAAAGGAAAACAGGUGCUGGCUUUAAGGAACUCUGUGAACAGGCAACAUGCCUCAUAAGAAGACUGUUCUUUGUGGAAUGAAAUGAUGGUGAUCUGCAGUAUAUAGGACAUUUGUCCCUUCUUAAGGGGCAGAUUCCCAAAUAAUGCCUUUGUGAAGGAACAUCUCUGGUGAAAGACUGCCAGUUGAAAAAGACUAUUAACAAAGUUUUAUUUUGCUGCUGUGCAGCAGUUGAACAACACUGCCAUUUAAAGUCUUAUAUACCUGUUCUUUUGGUACGAAAAUGCAAAGCUCUGUUGUAUCUUAUCCCUGCCUAUGUGGGAUUUAUUUUUUACUAAUGUCUAUGUGUUUUACAAAUAUUUUGCAUUUUAAA